GAGUAACUUUUUGAAGCCAAAAUUGUCGGCAGUGUUUCAAACAGUGUAAAAAAGUCAUUAGAUACGAAUAAGAGAAUUAUUUAAUUUUUGACGAGUAAUCAAGUGUGUUUUCCAGUGAAAAGCGUAUGAUUUUAAUUAUUAAGACAGCAAAUAUAAAAAGAAGUUGAAAGUUUUCAUGAGAAACCUAGAUAAUGUGUUAAAAACGUGAAAUUGUUGAGUGAAAAAAUUCAUAUAUAUUAUUUUUUUGAUUUCACAUAAUGCUGCGCGAUUUAAUCGCUUGGGUGCUGAACAAUUACUUAGGAAAAUAUGUAGAAAAUCUAAACACAACACAAUUAACCGUCGCCCUUCUAUCCGGUGAAGUUGAACUUGAAAAUCUUCCAUUAAAGAAAGAUGCAUUGAGUCAUUUUGGUUUGCCGAUAAAAGCAUACAGUGGAUCUAUUGGAAAAAUUAAACUACAAAUUCCUGUGAGGCAGUUUCGAAGCGCACCAUGGUGUAUAAGUAUCGAGAAGGUUCAUAUAAUUUGUGGUCCAGUGAAUCUUGAAGAAUGGGAUAACAACGUUGAAGAAUUGUCAGAAUUGCAUUAUAAACAGGCAUACCUGGAAAGUUUGGAGGCUAAAUGGAGAACUCAAAAUGAGGAUAGUUCCUAUUAUGCAAGUUCCUACUCAGGAUGGAUGAAUUAUGGAACAUCUCUUAUAACAAAUAUUGUUGAAAAUUUACAAUUAAACAUAAAAGAUGUUCACAUCAGGUAUGAAGACACGAUAACAAUUCCUGAUCGUCAUUUCUGUUGUGGCAUAUCGAUAGAGUCAUUAACAGCACAGAGUUGUGAUUCUAAUUGGAUUCCUGGCUUCACAGCCAACUGGGCGCAGAAUCAAGCAACAUUCAAAGUAGUUGAUCUUAACUCUCUGAGUUUUUAUUUGGAUCCACUCAAGCCUGAUGAUGCUCUCAGUUCACUCGAGUCAAACGAACUUACCGAAGCAAUAGAAAAGUUGAAAUCAGAAACAAAUCAUGAAUUUAUUAUCAAGCCAGUGUCAGCACAGGCGAAGCUCAAAAGAGAUCGAAGUGAAAUGCCGUUGAGAACAAAAACUCGUCCAAGAUUGAUUUGUGACUUAAUUUGGAACGAAGUUGCACUUUCGCUUAAUGAAUAUCAAUAUGAUUCAUUGGUUAGUGGCAUUCGAGGACUCGACGAUAUCGCCAAAUUCAAAAAGUUUCGACUUCUUCAGCCCAAAGAAUCUGUGAAAGAGAAUCCUAAAGCGUGGUGGAAGUAUGCAGCUCAUUGUCAUGGUUUCUUGCGCCAUCAAGACCCGACAGUUGUUGCCAAGAACAAUUUGAAAUAUAUUAAUAUUUGUAAGCAACUUAUUGUAAAUCCAACUGAAACAAUAACAUUGAGUGACAAGGAAUUUAAGGAGUCAAUUGAAAAGGAACGAAGCAUUGAUGAUCUUCGUGAACUUCGUGAAAUUUGUUUGAUAAUUUCUCCACUUCCAAACCAAAUGAAACCAGGAAAUGUUCAUGGAGGACGUUCGAUGUUACUACAUUGGUUUCCGCAAUGGUGGGGUUGGUAUGGAAGUAAUUCACAACCACCAAGUACAACGGGCAACAACUCUACGCCUCCAAACAUGCCAAAUUUAGAACCUCAAUCAACUUUCGAAGACGAAUUUCUAAACGCUUUGAACGACACAGUUGAGACGAAUUCAAUCCUUAAACGAGAUGCCGUCUUUGGGAAAUUUCAUUUCAUUCUUAAAAAAGGAACAUUUGAUGUGAAUCGUGGAGGCUUUGACAAUGACAUCGUUCAAAUGAUUCAAUUUCAAUUCGAAAAUCUUUUAUUGAAUGUUGAGUCACGUCCACGUUCAGGAUCACAUUUUAUGAAUUUAUCAGUUGGGUCAAUUUUGCUUAAAGAUCAUUUGACAGUCAACACUGAAUUUCCUGACAUUAUCAAACCUCAAUCGAAAGAUGAACUCAAACAAAAGACAAAACUUCAGAGAAGUCGUUUAUGCUUUAGUUUAACUUCGCCACCAAUUCCAUUAGAGGAAGACAACACUGAGCCACUGUUUCAAUUGGAGUAUGAAAGGAAACCGUUCAGUUGUAACACCGAUUACCGUCUUGUCAUUAAGUCACGUUCAUUGGACAUUGUUUAUAACAUGGAAGUCAUCAAAUAUAUUUCCGAUUUCUUAUCAAAGCCUCACAUUCAAGGUGCACGAAAAAAACUUGAAGCUAUGAAGCACAAAACCAAAAUGGAAUUAAAGAAAAAUUGGGAACAUAUGAUUGAAGGUCGUUUGAGUGAAAGGAAAACUUGGAUGCUUGAAAUUGACAUUUCAGCUCCACAAAUUAUUUUUGCAGAGAACUUUGCCGAUCGGCAAGGAUCGUCGAUAGUUGUUGUUGACUUUGGUAGACUUCAAAUCAAUAAUGGAACACAAAAUCAAAGCAAAGAGAAUGUAGAACGAGAUGAGAGAAGCGCAAAUGUUAAUAAUGUCGAAAUUGAAGCAUCUUUAAAGGACAGUGAAGACGAAGAAAUGUUUAUGACUCCAUGUUCAACUCCACCUGGCUCGGAAAUUGAAAGUAGCGAAUCGCCAACAAUGGUUUCAGCAGCUUCCGAUAACUUUCAGUCGCCUUUAUCAAGUAACGUCAAACAGAAGCAAAAUUCGCCAAUAAAAGUCGAGUCAGAAUUAAAUGAAAGCAGUUUUUACUACAAAAUCUACGAUCGUUACAACAUCAACCUCACCGACCUUCAAAUUCUUGUGUGUAAAGGAAAGGAAAGAUGGAAUUUUGCUGCAAGCUCUAAAGGGACAUCAAACUUGCAUGUUCUCGAUCGUUUCAAUAUUUCAUUGCAACUUGAGAGACGAAUUGUUAACACAAACGAUCCACAAUAUCCGUCAUUGACACUUUGUGGCACAUUGCCAAAGCUUAAUGUCCACAUGAGCGAAUCGAAGAUUGGAUCUGUCAUUAAUAUGAUCAACAUUAUUUUUAAUAGCAACAUCGAGUCACCGUACAGAUCUCCGUCUUCGUCAUCGAACACAAACUCACCGAUUUCUGAAGAGAAACCGAUAAAAGAGACACCGAUCCAAGAACCUCAGCCGGAAGUGUCUAAACUCGUUUUGUUUCAAUUUUCGAUUGAUCAAAUGUCAUUAGAGAUUCAGUCAUGUGGAAGAAGUAUUGCGGAAUUGCAAGUGACGGGAGUGAAGGCAGGUUACACACAACGAUCAGCUGACACCAACAUAACACUUUCAGUUCAUGGCUUGCUUUUUGUUGAUGCCAUGCAAAGUUAUGGCCCCGAUUUUGAGCUUCUUGUUGCUAGUCAUCGACACGUUGGUAUGGAUAGUUUGUCUGGAAGUUUAAGACAAAGUGAACCAUGUUCGCCCUCGUCUCCUGCAUCACCUGAUCCUUCAAUAAACAUUCGACCAACAAGCCCGCUUUCCAUUUCAAGAGCAAUCAGUUCUCUGCAAAGAGUUGCUUCUCCCCCUCAUUGGAAUGCUCCAUUGGACGAUGUAGAUGCUUUGAUAACGAUCGAGAUAGUCCUAAUAGAAGCAGAGAAUGGAGGUGAUCGACUUCACAUUGCUAAUAUUCAAUUCAAUAAUCUCGGGAUUAUUGCGAACCAAGAGACGAUUGUGGAAUUGAUUGGAUUUGCGAAACGAGUUUUACCAAAGAAAAGCAGCAACAAAUCGAAUGUGUCGAAGAAUUUGUUUGAUGACAAAAAUCUUCCAUCAAAGAAAGAAAACGACAAACGUGUGAGAACUGAAAUCACUUUUGAUUUUCAUCGUUUAAAUGUUUUGAUUCUGCGAGCUGUGAUGCGAAAGAAUUUUUUAGUUGCGAGAAAAGUUGGAACUUUUACGAUGAGUGAUGCUCGGAUUCACGCAACAGUAGGAAAAGCUGUGAAGGUUGAAGGUUCGUUGGGAGGACUUCAAGUUCUUGACUUAACACCUGAAGGAGUUAAUCAUCAACGAAUCUUAUCAGUUGGCACAGAUCCACUCACUGAUCCACCAAAUGAAACUGUUGACUUGAUGACUUCGUAUUCUAAUGAAGUUUAUGGAAUCAAAACGAAAGAUAUCGAAGAACGACAAGCCUUGUCCUUUAAAAUCACCAGAAACUUAAAUGCCUGUGUUGAUAUCAAAAUAAGAAUGGGCUCGGUUUGGUUUACGCAUUGUGCAAGAUUCAUGCAAGAACUGAAUUGGUGUGCAACGGAAUUUAAACAUUACUUAAAAAAUCUGGCGAAGUCAAUUCGAGACAAAGCGACAGACAUGGCACUUGGAUUAGUUCAACCACGUCCAGGCGAUGUUGUGACAAGAAAUCCGCAAGAUGUUCUAAAUUCCCCAAGGCAUGCGCGUCGUCAUCGCACAAUUUCUCUGUCAAAACUUCAGGAGAAUUCAAUCGAUGGAACGACAACGAAAGUUAACAUUCUGAUUGAUGUUGUGUUGAAGACGCCGGUUUUAGUGAUGCCACGUUCAAGUAGCAGCUCUCAAGUGCUCGUGGCACAUUUGGGAAAGAUCACAAUCAGCAAUUGCAAAGAUGUGUCGAGUUGUGAAUUGUUAAAUGAGACGAUUACGAGUAUGAACGAAGAUAAUAUUCAUUUAAGCUUCAACAAUUCAAUGGCACAAGAUUUUCAAAGUGAUGAAAACAUUUUUGACAUUCAAGACGUUGAUGAAACUAUCAAAGUCUCAAGCGAAGAUUUUCGAAGCGACAUUUAUUCAAUUGACAUUCGCAACAUGAAUUUAUAUUCUUUAGACACGACAAAUCGAAAAGGUUUCCGACUUUCGGCAUUACCGCGUGCGGAAGAAUUUUAUUCUUGUCAAGAAGAUGCAAUUGCAAUUCUACAUGACACAGCAAUUCGAUUGGAGAUUUACCGGACACUUGAGGCAUCUGCUUGUAAUAAUGAUUCGACGGCAACAUCAUUUGUGAGUGUAUCGGAUGAAAAUCCGUCGGAAGACAAUAAUAUGGAUCAACUUAUUGUUAGUGGAAGCAUCAUAAAUCCUUUAAGAUUAUCACUCAAACGUCAGCAAUAUGAACAACUUUUAGAGACAAUCGAGAAUUGUUUUAAUGUUCCAAAUGAUAUUAUUCGACCACCAACUGAUCCAACAAUGUUCCCAACGCAAGACAACGAAUCAGAGUCUGCUGAAAAUUUUACAUUUGAUAGCAACCAAAAGUUUAAGAAAGUUUUCUUCUCGCAAGCGAGUCUUGAGAAACGAAAUCAGCAAGAAAUGCUACCAAAAGUUGUCUUUUCACUUCCAGUAUUCAUCAUCCAAUUGAACAAUAAUGAAAACUCGCCUGUCGUUGAGAUUUGCUUUCGUGACUUUAACGUUGAAUACGAGAAACAAAAUCGAUGGGAAACUAAUCUGCAAGUAGCGUUGCGAAGUGUCAUAAUGGAAGAUUUACUUCGAUCUAUCGACUCAAAGCAUCGAAUAAUGGUUUCAUCAGCAAAUGAAGAAUCGCAACGUCUUCAAACGCCUUUCUUAUCCAACUCAUGUCCCAAUCUUAUGGCAUUGUCUCAAAAUCCAUUGAAACUUUCAUCAUCUCUUCCUGAGACUCUCGAGACAUACAUUGGCGGCUUUCAACAAUACGAAAGAAGACAAAAGAACUUAAAAAUUGAAAAAUCAUUGAAUAUUCCUUCGUCUCGAAAUUGUCCUGGAACGCCACCACCAUCUCCCCAAGGCCGUAAAACCAGAGAAGACAAUCUUGUCAUCUAUUCGAGUGUCAUGGUUGAUCCUGGAUGCCCACAAUUUGAAAGCAAAUACAACUCCAAAACAACUAAAAGUUCAAUCGACUUCAAUUGUUUAAGCUUGAAUGUCUCAGUUGAAAGUUGGUUUGUUUUAUUAAACUUUUUUGGUUUAGUUUCUGAUGACAAUGAACCAACUGUGAGUAAAUCUGCAAGUUCAAAUGUUCAAGAAGAAGCUGACAUGAGUCAAAAGAAGUCAGAACUGGACAUCACAGUAAAAUCAUUGACAAUUGCUUUGGUUAAGCCUGAUUACGAGCUUGCAAAGGCGAAUGUGUCGAAUGUUCGUUUUGUAAUAUCAAAAGUUGGUCACAGCAAGACGGUUGAAGGAUCGUUAGGUUCGAUAUCGCUUUACGAUUUGACAUCGCAUGGAAGUAUUUAUCGUGAGAAAUUCCUCACUCAUGGCAAUGAAGCUUUGAACUUUUUAUAUACACGUGAAAAUCCAAAACCACCAGCAACGAGUGGGAAAAGAAGUUUGAAGAAAGACGCACAAUUAAACAUCAAAAUGUCUUCAGUUCGUUAUGUUCACACAAAAAGAUUUGUGAUGGAAAUACAAACGUUCUUUAAAAAUUUGUUCAAACUGCAAAUGCCUGUCAUUCGAAAAAUGAAGACAAAUGAUAUAAGACAAUUGGAACAACAUCGUCCUAUGCAGUUAGGGCUUGAAAUUUAUGCUGAGUCGCCUUUAAUUCUUCUUCCGAUGACUUCACAAAGUGAAAAGUUAGUUGUUGCUAAUCUUGGUGAAUUUCGUUUGAGAAAUGAAUUUAAAAUGUCGAAUGAUCGUGAGACGAUAAGUGUUCGAAGAGAAAAGUAUGGAUCGAUUGAAAUUUUGGAUGUGAUGAUGGUGGAUCUUCUUCAUACUGACCUCUUUGCUGGUUAUCGCGUACAGAAGAUUGAAGAGAGUCGUUUAGAUGGACAAUUUGAUGACGAAAGUCUAAAUUGCAUCGACAUGGGAACAUAUUUGCUUUAUAAAAGCGGUCCGAGUUUAUUAAAAGACAAAUGUCACUUGAAAUUACAAAUUGAACGGAACUUGGACUCGUGGAGAAGUCACAAUGUCGAUGACAUUAGCGUCCAUGGAACGUUGUCUAAACUUGAAGCUGAAUUGGAUCUUCAACAAUACAAACUCAUUCGUGGCUUUUUAUCUUACAAUCUUGGAGAAGAAAUCGACGAUGUUUAUGAGUCGUCAGUGUUGUCAAAUGUUUAUGACAGCACGAUGAGUUUAAAUUCAAGUCACGUUAACAACGACUCGGAGAAUAUUUUGUGGAAUAAUUUGUCGAUAACUUUAGAUCUUCAGAAUGUCUCAGUGUCAUUGAAAGAGUCAUCAGAUGUGGGAAGUGUCGCAUGUGUUAAUUUCAUUAAAUCCACAUUGAAAGUUGACUCAAAGAGCGACGGUUCACAAGAUAUCGAUCUUAUAUCGCAAGAAAUCCUGAUAACUGACACAAGAUCAAUGGGAAAUGUUUUCACGAAUAUUUUACAGCCAAUAACUGAUCAUGGUGCAAUAAUUCAAGCAGAAAUUCACAGCCGAAAACGACAAGAUAACACACAAUUCACAAUCCUUCUUAAUAACAUGAGAUUGAUGAUGAUUCUUGACUGGCUGGAGUUGACACGAGAUUUCAUUCUUCAAAAUGAANACAAAUGGCUGUCCUCGUCUAAUAAGUCGUCUAUAUUUGUCGUUGUUUUAUUCAACAGGAAGACGGAAAAAAGAAAAAAAUGUCAAAGUCAAGACGUAACGACUUUUGUUGCGUCAGCUCAUUCGUGUCAAGAAGUCACAAUGUCGAUGACAUUCGCGUUCAUGGAACCUUGUCGAAACUUGAAGCUGAAUUGGAUUUUCAACAAUACAAACUUAUUCGCGACUUUUUACCUUACAAUCUUGGAGAAGAAAUCGACGAUGUUUAUGAGUCGUCAGUCAAAUACUUAUGAGAGCACGAUGAGUUUAAAUUCAAGUCACGUUAACAACGACUGGGAGAAUAUUUUGUGGAAUAAUUUGUCGAUAACUUUAGAUCUUCAGAAUGUCUCAGUGUCAUUGAAAGAGUCAACAGAUGUGGGAAGUGUCGCAUGUGUUAAUUUCAUUAAAUCGACAUUGAAAAUUGAUUCAAAGAGCGACGGUUCACAAGAUAUCGAUCUUAUAUCACAAGAAAUCCUGAUAACUGACACAAGAUCAAUGGGAAAUGUUUUCACGAAUAUUUUCCAGCCAAUAACUGAUCAUGGUGCAAUAAUUCAAGCAGAAAUUCACAGCCGAAAACGACAAGAUAACACACAAUUCACAAUCCUUCUUAAUAACAUGAGAUUGAUGAUGAUUCUUGACUGGCUGGAGUUGACACGAGAUUUCAUUCUUCAAAAUGAAGAUCAACCGCAACAAUUAUCAAUAGGGAAUAACCGAAAAGAAACAACUGUGAACAAUGGGCAAACAUUUGAGUUGAAACUGAACAUCACUGACUCAGAGUUGGUGUUCGUUGAGUGUACAGAUCGUCUUGAUUCAAAUGCUGUGAUUCUAAAAUCAACAACAGUUCUUAAUUAUCGCCCUCACGAAGUCAACAAAAGCAUGUCAAUAAAUUUAAACAACAUCGAAGUUUUCAGUUGUUUAUUAAAUGCAGAAGAAGCGACAGCAUUGUCAAUCAUUGACCCAGUCACAAUAAACAUGGAAAUUCGUCGUGGAACGUUAGGAAUCCAUCUUCACAAGCAACUUCUUAUUCGUCUCUCUUAUCACGAUGUCAAAAUGUUUCAACGAAUGCUUCAAUCACUCCCACAACAAACAAGACAAGCAAGAACACGUCGCAGUGGCUCUGAUUGUGUUCAAAUCAAUUCAAAUAAUGAAUGCAACGAUGAAAGUAAUUUCAAUAAAUUACAAAGUCUUGGAUUUAAACUUGAUGAUUGUAAAGUUGCUCUUGAAAUAUCUGAUAAUCAACUUGAUGAAGCAGCUUUAUGGUUGACACAGAAUGCUGAACCCUUGAAGAGUCCACUAUAUCUUCAAACUUCUCAAAACGACGAAAGUCCUUUGAAUGUGAGUACAGUUGAAGUGAAAGCAAACAGAAUUUCGUUCUGCAUUAUUGACGAUUGUAAAGAUGCUGAUGUUCCAUUACUGGAAUUGUCACUCACUCACAUGGAACUAUCACAAGAUGUUAACUUCAACGAUCGUUCAUUGCUGAGUGGAAAUAUUCGCGAAGGACAUUUAAAAACAGUUUUUGCUUCAGAUUAUUAUAAUCGUGCUCUGAGUGGUUGGGAGCCGAUUGUUGAACCAUGGAAAUGUGAAGCUAAUUGGACGUUCAAUUUAGCACAACUGCCAACACAUCAAUCGAGAUUAAAUUUAAAAAUAAAAAGCAAUGAAGUGUUGCGAUUAAACAUGACAAGCACGCUGAUGGAUAUUUAUCAAAUUGUAAAAGAUAAUUGGAUUCAAGACUUCUAUUCAGCGACAUCAUCAACGACAGUUCAUAGAAGUCCCUUCGUUCCAUUUGCGAUUAAAAAUGAGACAGGAAUGAAGCUUUUCUUCACAACAUUCUUAGCUGUUCCUGGCAGCAAUAAUAAUAUGAGAAGUUCUGAUUUCACAACGAAGCGAUCUUCUGCUAAAGAAUGGCGAACAGUUCAUGAAGGAGAAGUUAUCACAUUUAGUUUCCAACAAACGCAAACGAAACAACGUCACAUUGAUUCACAUAAAUCAAAUCUUCAUCAAAUUGCAGUUCGUGUUGAAGGUUGGGCAGAAGUUGGCCCUGUGUCAGUUGACAAAGUUGGAGUGUUUUUCCGUCACGCAGGUCCUGAAAUUGUCGACAAUUAUUCAACAACACCAAAAGCUAGACUCGUCUUUGCAGUGACACUUGAAGGUUCUGCUCAGAAAUUGAUUACUGUCCGAUCGGCAUUGAAGUUUAUUAACAAAUUAGAUCAUCCAGUGUUGAUGAAAAUGGAACAUUUAUUCGGCCAUUUAAACAUCAGAUCGUGGCCUCCGUCAAAAACUGUUAUUGUGAAUACUAAUGAAAGCUAUUCAGUGCCUUUAAGUCAUGUUCAUGCUUUCUUUUAUGUCAAGCCGUUGCCAAUACAAUUUCGUCUCGAUGAAAUCACUUCCAAUGAAACGGGAAACGCGUCAAGAAUUGAAAAGUUUGAUGGUCACGAAUAUUGGAAUCGAUUUGGAAAGUUUUGUGAUGGCGGAGCGUUGGGAAAUUUUCAAUUCACUGAGAAGUCAAUUCAUUGGAAAGACGUUGUGGAUCCACAUGAAAUUCAUCAAGAAAUGCGAACAUGUUGCAGCAUCACAAACAAACUUUAUAAAUUAGUUUUCGCAAUUCAAAAGGAAGCAUAUCCAAGUAAAGAGAAUAUUUUACUUCCUGGUCAUUCGAUAACACUUUGGCCACCACUUCGGCUUCACAAUUUACUUCCAUGUGAUCUUUUAUUUAAAUUACCGACUGGUUCUCAAGGAAGAAUUUCAUCAACAAACACUGCAAACAUUCACGAAGUAGAUCUUGAACAAGCACUAGAAAUUACAAUAACUUUGGAUUCAUUUUCUGGUGCUGGAAACAUUUGCGUUCAACCUGGCGUGACUGGCGUUGGAGAUGUUGAGGUGAAGUUAACAGAUGUGAAUGGAAGAAUUCUUGUAUUGCGUGCUUUGAUUCAAGUUAUUCGCGGAAAUGGAAUGCAAGUUUCUAUUUCGGCACCCUUCUGGCUUGUCAAUCGUACGGGACUUCCAUUAGUGUUCAAACAAGAGGGUGUUAGUAGCGAAUGUGCCGGUCAAUUCUUAGAGAAUGAACAAGCAAGGUUAGUGUCUCCAUUGAUGUUCUCGUUUAGUGAUCCCGACAGUUCACUGGCACUCACUGUUCGAUUGGGAAAACGUUAUGGUGUGAACUUACCUUGGUGUCAACCAUUCAAUUUGUACAAAGACACUCUUCAUCGUCAACUCAAAUCUAAUACAACAAAUGAAACUUUUGUGAUAGGAAUUGAAGUAAGACGGGGUCGUGGACGUUAUUCACAAACCAGCAUCGUUACUUUCUCGCCACGGUUUCAACUUUACAAUCGAAGUGCUUACAAACUUCAAUUUGCUCAAAAAUGUUUCGCUACAAUUCUAACUGAUUCAAUGUCUCAAUCUACAUUUAUUGAAGCUGUGCCUGGUUGUCAUUUACCAUUUCAUUGGCCACGUCUUGAUAAAGACCAAGAGUUGUGUGUGAGAAUUCCUGAAGUUGAAGAUUGUCUGUGGUCAAGUGGAAUUCCAAUUCACGAGACGCAAUCGUUAUACAUUAAUGUACGAGACAUAAAUGGUAACAUGAACUUCUUGAGACUUGAAAUCAUCCUUCAGGGUGCAACUUAUUACAUGCUUUUCGGAAAUGCUGAAGUUCUUCCCCCACCAAUAAGAAUUGACAAUUAUAGCGAAGUUCCAAUAAAGUUUUUUCAAAAUAAUGGUCGAAAUUUAAUCAAAACAACAGUUCGACCGCAUUCGUCGAUGUCUUAUGUGUUGGACGAGAUUAAUGGAUCACAAUCAAUAUGUUUAGAAGCUCCUGGUGGUGAUACGUGUAAAUGUCCCCUUUUUGAUUUUGAAAGUGACCGAUUAACAUACGAAAACUUCAUUUACAUUGCGUUUACACAAACUUUUGAGAAUAUUUCGAAUUAUAGCGUUGAUUACGACGAAUAUGAUGUGAAAUCUCAACAACUUGUGCUUGGAGUUGUGGGGAAUAAAGUUGUGUUAGUUAAAAAGCAAACUGGAGAUCGAUCGCAGUUGUGGCGAAUGAAUAAUGAGAAGCAAUUGGAACACGAAGGAUCAUCGCCUCCGUCAGAGCCAGGGAAAAAGGCUCAAAGAUUUGUUUUGGAUUUAGAGAAACCACCACAACCAUUACAACAAAUUCAACUUGUGGUUCGACCAGCAAACCAUCAGCGACGAUCCACCCAAACUUGGUACUUCACCGAAGACGGAAGAUUGAUGUGCGAACAUACGAGUAUGUGUGUUCAACCAAAAAAUGGUUUCUUUGGUUUGAGAUGCGGUACUGAUGCCGUGUUAGGGUUAAUUGUGAGAGACACAAAGAUAAUCAACAAUGUUGGAGUACCGCUCGAACAAGCAAUUGAGAGACAAAAGCUUCGUCCGGGAUCGGGAUGUUUGUCAAUUAAUUUUCGCAUGGAUGGACCUAUAAAAACUCUUCAAAUUAAAGAUGUAAAGUGUCAAUCAGACUUAUCUCAACUUGCUGUCGAUCCACGAUGGCGACAUGUUUCGCACAUUUUACCAAACUCAGGAAAUUAUCAAGCUGAAGAUUCAAACACAAAAACUCGUAACUCAAUUGAUGAAUAUCACAUUGAAUUAAGCUUAAUAAAAGGAAUUGGUGUAUCGCUAGUAUCUCGACGACCUUGUGAAGAGUUGGCUUAUAUUUCAUUUGAAGACAUUCAUACAGAGAUCAUCGAUACGCCAGUAGUUAAAUCACUCGACCUGAGUGUUCGUGAUGUUCAAAUUGAUAAUCAAUUGUUUGAAACGACAUGCCCAAUAUUUUUAUAUACAAUCAAAAAUUCAUCUUUGAAUGAUCCAAUCGACGAGAAAUUACCAGUGCUUCAGCUGAAUGUGAAGAUUCUCUCAAGUCCCAAUAAGAAUGCAAUAAUUUUUGAGCAUUUAAUAUUAAGUCUACGACCACUGGCAGUGUUUCUUGAAGAACGAUUGUUAUUGAGGUCAGCAGAUUUCUUCAGAUUAGGUAAAAAUACGACAGAUCCGGCAACACUCCCCGAUGAAUCUGACUAUGAAGCACAAAGAAUUGUGUCACGAAUAUUGGCAGCAAAUGCAAAACGUUUCUAUUUUGGAGAUCUUUCAAUUGUUCCAAGUCAAAUUCGUUUGAGUUCAAUCACUGCAUCAAAGAUUCCACCACAUUUAGCAGAAAUCAAAAAGUCACUUGGACUGACCUUAAUUAAGUUCGAAGACGCUGUCGUAACAUUUGAUAAGUUCUGUGAUAAACAUCAUUUGGAGACACUCGAUCUUUACUGGGCAGCUAUUAAGACACACUACAAACAAGAAUUGAUGUGGCAUGCUGCAAAGAUUCUUGGAUCUGUUGAUUUCCUUGGCAACCCACUCGGUUUCGCUAACGAUCUUAGUGAAGGAGUUAGUAGUCUUUUGAAAGAAGGGAAUAUCAAGUCAUUGGUUAAAAAUGUAACUCAUGGCAUCAGUAAUUCAACUGCAAAACUUACGGGGACACUCUCUGAUGGCUUGGGUCGUGUUGUUCUCGACGAUCAAUUUUCAGAAGCGAGACAAAGAAUGCUUGAAGUGAGUGCAACAGCAGGUGCAAAUUCAACUGGCGAUCAUCUUGUGGCGGGAUUGAAAGGUUUCGGGUUUGGUUUACUUGGUGGUGUCACAUCAAUUGUCAAACAUACUUACAACGGAGUUCAAUCUGAUGGAUUUCCAGGACUUAUUUCAGGUCUAGGAAAAGGAAUAGUUGGAACAGUUACAAAGCCAGUAAUUGGUGUUCUUGAUCUUGCCAGUGAGACAGCAAAUGCCGUCCGAGAGACAAGCAAAAGUUUGCAUAGAAUUCUUCCAGAUCGCAAGCGACCACCACGUUGUGUGACUGGAGCUCCGGGAGGUUUACUUCCACCUUAUUCAUCUCUCAACAGCAAGGGCCAACAACAUUUGUUUUCAAUCAACAAGAGAGAUUUCAAUGAAAAAUUCAUGGCUUACGAGCCUUGUUUGCUGGAAUCUAAAGAUUCAAAGCUUCGUCUUCUUGUCAGCACAGAAAACAUUUGGGCUUUCUCAAAAUCAGAUGACAUGCCAAUGGUCAUUUUUUGUUAUAAAUUAUCAGAACUCAUCACUUGUAAACAUAUUGAAGUUGAUUCCAACUCAACCUCGUCGUCAUCCUCAACACAUUCCAAGAGUAACAAGUUCCAUUACAUAGAAUUGUGUCUUUCAUCGCCAUCGAAAAUUUCCUUAACACCAAGUGCACCCGAAGCAGUUAAAAGACCGAGGGUUAAAUGCCAGAAUGAAGAAAUUGCCAAAAAGGCAGAACGUCAUAUAAACUACGCUAAAAGCGUCUACGACGAACGAGAACAUGCGCUAAUCGAUUCUGUGAUAUAAAAACCGUCAACCAUUGAUUAAAACAUUUAAAAACCCUUAAAUGAGAUAUUGACAAAUGGAAAUUUUUCUUAAUUUAAGAAACCAAAUUUUAUGAGGAAUUGAAUGAAAUGAAGUCGUUUCUUUAUUAAAACCAAGGUCAAAUUUUAAGUUAAUGUUAAGAGCUAAAAACAAACCAAAAUCUUUUGAUCGAAACGCCAAGUGAUAUCGCUCUCCGUAUAAAUAUUUACAUAAACAAACAAACAAACACACACACUUAAAUAAUUUUAAUUGAAACAUUAAUCAAAGACACUUUGAUAAGGCACACCUCCUAAUCAUCAUAUUUAUAAUUAAAUUCUACUUUAUCAAUCAAAUGAUAGAAAUUUAUGAGAUUUCCUUUUGUUUCUUAAAAAAAAUAAAUAAAAAUAUGCAAAUGUUUAAUUUAAAA